AUGCCACCAAAUCGUACAGCAAAUCGCCAAAAAUUGGCUGAACAAGAGGGGAAGAUACUGCUUGCUAUAUCUGAUUUAAAAAAAGGAAGAAUCAAAUCUAUUCGUGAAGCUGUACGGAUUUAUAAUGUUUCAUAUACAACUCUUCGCCGUCGUCUUGCCGGCAUCAAAUAUCGAGCUGAAAAACGCGCCAAUAGUCAUAAAAUGACUCAAUAUGAAGAGGAAUCUCUUCAAAAAUGGAUUCUUGAUCUUGAUAAACGUGGAUUACCACCCCGGCCAUCUCUCGUACAAGAUAUGGCUAAUCUUCUUGUUUCUCAACGUGAAGAUGAGCACGUUAGUGAGAAAUGGGUUUAUCGAUUUGUUAACCGGCAUCCAGAGGUUAAAUUGCGAUUCUCACUGAGAUAUAACUAUGAGCGAGCAAAGUGUGAGGAUAUUAAGAUAAUACAGGAGCAUUUUGACCGCGUACAAGCCGCUAUACAAGAAUAUGGGAUCCUAUCCGAAGAUAUAUACAAUUUUGAUGAGACUGGCUUUGCUAUGGGCCUCUGCGCAACUGCUAAAGUUAUUACAGGCAGUGAUCGAUAUAGCAGGCCUUAUUUGUUGCAACCUGGUUCGGGCAGUCAAGCCCUCACCGAGAACGUGCGACACGUGAAGAUAUUCCCGAGUACCGGACAGGCGCUGAGCAUGACACCUAAGGAUAACACCCUUGGGAAAUGCAUCCGGGAUACAAUUCCCAGGGCCGUACCAACGUUACCGAGCAAGCCCCGAACAUACGGGAAUGGCACACGAAGUUCCCUCACAAGCACCGAGACGGUGCUGAACGUACGGAGGAAUUGA